AUGGAUCAAUUAAAAAUUUCGCAAACAGUACCCACAUUUGCUGUGUAUCCCGACGAAAUGAAAAAACAAUUUACUCAGUAUAAUUAUUUAUCAACUUCUCAACAUAUCCAUUCUUCCGACCCUUUGCCUACAGCACAAGCAAGUUCGUCUAGUACCACUUUACCUGCGGUGGAAUAUAUUUUAUCUGAUGAUGAUUUAGUUAUUCCAUCAUCUCAAAGUACCAAGGGAAAAAAUAAACGUCCAUUAACCGAAGAUGAUGAUACUGAUAAUAGAUUGUGGGCUGAUUCGGCAAUUAAAGCACUACUUGCUUAUUUGUCUGAGAAUUUUUCCCAUUAUCGUAAAAAUAAAGAAAAAUUCUAUGCAAGUGCUGCUUUACAUAUCGGUGGCAAUGAUGAUGAUUUAUCAUAUAUUAAGUCCGUAGAAGCUAUUAGUGAAAGUAAGAAACUGUCAGCUGAAAAUAGAAAGAAGUGGAUUGAAGAACAUUCUACAAUUGAGCGUGACAGAUUUGAAUUAGAAAAAAAGUAUAGAGAAUUAGAAUAUCAAUUAAAAAAACAAGAAGUUGAAGCUCGAAUUAAGGUUGAGAAUGAAAGAUUAGAUUUAGAUAAACAAAUGAAAAUUAAUUUUGAAUUAAAAUUAAAGGAAUUGGAAACAAAACUAAAUGAAUUAGAAAUGAAGCAUAAAUAA